CACGAGUUUUUUUAGUUAACCGAAAAACGUCGAAUCACAUUUGUUUUCAAUUUACAAAAAAAAAAAAAAACCAUAAUUAAUUUAAUUAUUUAUAUCAACUUUGACAAUUGAGUUUGCUUGAGCUAAUUAAAUUUGUUUUAAUGCGGUCGCCACGUGCUUUCUCAAUAGCCGGAGCACAUGUGUGGGUUACAUUUUAAAACGCGUAACAGUCCGUCUCAAAAGACGUCCCUGCGUUGGGGCGACUGCUGCCUGUUGUUGUUGGCCCGCGUUUAGCUAAUCUCCAAGAUAUUCCUGGCAAAAAACACUCUGUUUCCUAUAUUAAUUAACUGGUAGUUCAAUUCGUGUCGUCUGUGAUCUGAUCGUAUGAAAAAACAUAACUCACUUGUUUAGGAAAUGUUGCAUAAGACAAGGCGCAUUUGAUUGGCGCGCGCAUUUGCCGUCGUUAAAAGCAGCCACACAUAACUUAACGCCUGCUUUGAACUUGGCACACUCACACACACUCGCCCACACACACACGCACACUUAAAGGUUUUACCAUAGCUAAGGUCAGACCCAACGCAAAAGUAUUAACUUCCAAGCCAGAAGUCUUUGCCCGAAAGGAAAGGAAUCCCUUUAGCGCAACAAGAUGAUCAGCAUCGCCGGCUUGGCGAGCAUUGUGCUCUUCUAUGCUCUAAUCCUGGCCGUGGGCAUUUGGGCGGGCCGCAAGAAGCAGGCGGGCAACGAUUCCGAGGAGGAGGUCAUGCUGGCGGGUCGCUCCAUCGGACUCUUCGUCGGCAUCUUCACCAUGACAGCUACUUGGGUGGGCGGGGGCUACAUAAACGGCACGGCGGAAGCGAUAUACACCUCGGGCCUGGUCUGGUGCCAGGCGCCCUUUGGCUAUGCGCUCAGCCUGGUCUUUGGCGGCAUCUUCUUUGCCAAUCCCAUGCGCAAGCAGGGCUACAUAACCAUGCUGGAUCCUCUCCAGGAUUCGUUUGGUGAGCGCAUGGGCGGCCUUCUGUUCCUGCCCGCGCUCUGCGGCGAGGUUUUUUGGGCUGCCGGCAUUUUGGCCGCCUUGGGCGCCACAUUGUCGGUGAUCAUAGACAUGGAUCAUCGCACCUCGGUUAUCCUUUCGUCCGGCAUUGCCAUAUUCUAUACGCUCUUUGGCGGACUCUAUUCGGUUGCCUACACGGAUGUGAUUCAGUUGUUCUGCAUCUUUAUUGGCUUGUGGAUGUGCAUACCCUUCGCCUGGACCAAUGAGCAUGUGCGCAGCCUCAGCGACAUGGAGGUGGACUGGAUUGGCCAUGUCGAGCCAAAGAUGCGCUGGUACUACAUCGACUAUGGCCUGCUGCUGAUCUUUGGUGGCAUACCCUGGCAGGUGUACUUUCAGCGCGUGCUCUCCAGCAAGACGGCGGGACGGGCACAGCUGUUGUCCUAUGUCGCCGCCGCCGGCUGCAUCCUGAUGGCCAUUCCGCCCGUGCUCAUCGGCGCCAUAGCCAAGGCGACCCCCUGGAACGAGACGGAGUACACGGGUCCGUAUCCGUUGACCGUGGACGAGACCAGCAUGAUUUUGCCCAUGGUCCUGCAAUAUUUGACGCCCGAUUUCGUGUCCUUCUUUGGACUCGGCGCCGUCUCCGCCGCCGUCAUGUCCUCCGCGGACUCCUCCGUGCUUUCCGCCGCCUCGAUGUUCGCACGCAACGUCUACAAAUUGAUAUUCCGCCAGAAGGCAUCCGAAAUGGAAAUCAUUUGGGUGAUGCGCGUCGCCAUCAUAGUUGUGGGCAUCCUGGCGACCAUCAUGGCCCUGACCAUACCCUCCAUUUACGGACUAUGGUCCAUGUGCUCGGAUCUGGUGUAUGUCAUCCUGUUCCCGCAGCUGCUGAUGGUCGUCCACUUCAAGAAGCAUUGCAAUACCUACGGCAGCCUGGCUGCCUAUAUUAUUGCCCUGUUCAUCCGGUUGUCCGGAGGCGAGGCCAUCUUGGGUCUGCCGGCGCUUAUACACUAUCCGGGCUACGAUGUGGAGACGAAUACGCAGCUGUUUCCCUUCCGCACCAUGGCCAUGCUGAUCAGCCUGAUCACGCUCGUCUUUGUCUCCUGGUGGACCAAAAUGAUGUUCGAGUCCGGCAAGCUGCCGCCCAGCUACGACUAUUUCCGCUGCGUGGUCAACAUACCGGAGGAUGUGCAGCGUGUCGGUGAUCCGGCCGAGUCCGGCGAGCAGCUGUCCGUCAUGGCGGGUCCCCUGGCGCGCUCCUACGGCGCCGCCACCAUGGCCGGCAAGGAUGAGCGCAACGGACGCAUCAAUCCGGCACUGGAGUCCGACGAUGAUUUGCCCGUGGCCGAGGCAAGGCGCCUGAAUCAGCAGACGGCGCAGUCGCAGGUCCAGAAGAUGAUCGACUCGGCCACAGGCAAGGCGGGCGGGGGCGGCGGACAAAGUCAGGGCGUGGCCAUGCCCACGCCGGAACAGGAUAAUACGGCCUUCUGAGCGAAGUCCGCCUCCAAGGUCGGCGACUUUUAGUUACUACAAAUUAUGUUUGAGUUGGGCUUUGUUUUUUUUGAGGAUGUAUACAUCACGCGCGAUGUAUAUUUGAUGUACGUUAAACACACAAGUGCUCAGGUAUAAAGUGCAGAAUGUUGCGUUUAAAGUUUAUAAUUAUUUUGCCAUAGUUCUAAAUAUAGUUUCUGAUAGAGGGAUAAAGCUUUUUAAUUUAAUUAAUUAAUUAAUUUUAUUAUAAUUUUAAUUUGUCAUUAAGGAGGCUUUGAGUAGAGUAAAUGGAAUACAUAUAGUUCAAUUGACGCGUUAACCAAAUGUAUAAAUGUUAUAUAAAACGAUAAACUGAUCGAUAAGUCGAUAAACGCGAAAUCGAUAAACGUGAAAUCGAUAAACGUGAAAUCGAUAAACGUGAAAUCGAUAAGCGUGAAAUCGAUAAACGUGAAAUCGAUAAACGUAAAAUCGAUAAACGUGAAAUUGAUAAACGUGAAAUCGAUAAACGUGAAAUCGAUAAAAAAAAACAUAUCAAUGAAAACUGAAAGCAACUGAAAACAUAUCAAAUGCAUUUCCCAUUUGCGCGAGAAAUGCAUACAAAUACGUAUUAUUCAAUAGAGUUUAAAGAAGAAGAACGAACAUAUAUACCUAUAUAUAGUAUAAAUGAUAUAUAUAAUAUAUAUUUUAUCCCGUCACGUUCAUUUGUUUCGUGUCAUUUAUGUAGCUGAAAAAAAAAUUGGCAAUUUUAUUGAUCCUAACAAAUUUAGGUGCAUAUAAUGUGAAUCAUGUGUCCUUCCACAAAUAA